AUGUGCAAAAAAUGGGGGGGGGGGCAUAACAAAAUCUUCGAUUAUGAGAUUGGGAAGCAAACGGAACGGUACGAUGAUCUGACAUCGAAUUAUGAAUUUGAUGCGGUGCAAGACCCAAACUCGCCGAUCGGACGGGCGGCUGACCAUGACAGGCAGGUGAUAGAGCAUCCGACAUUCGACAUAAGCUUAAGAGUGAACGUGAAUUACAGCUGCUCGUCCUGCACCUCCCUCCGAAACCGGGCGUCUGUCAUUUCACAGCGUCGUUCGAUCCAAGGACACGACGACGACGACAACAACGAUGAUGCGGUAGCGUGA